UUGCAAAUGAAAGUGAAAGCUAGAAAUUGCAAACAUAAAGGAUAACAAGGAAAGAGUUUUUAAAUUAAAUGUUUAUCUACUAAUAGAAUAAACAAUAUAAAACCUAAAUACGUAUUCAAAGUGAUCACAUAUACACAUAGAUAACGCACAAUGAAAUUUAACGAAGCAGAAGAAGCUAAAAUUGAUGAAUUGUACGAUUGGUUUCGACAAAAUCCGAAACUACCUAAAGAAAUUGACCGAAUUUUAUUGAAGCGUUUCUAUAUAUGUAUGCACGGUGACAUAAACGGCAUCAAAAAGCUUAUACAAAUUAAUUACAGUUUGCGCAAUAAAAAUGCACACAUCUUCCUUGAACGUGACCCUACUGAUGCGGAUAGUAAACAAACAUUCGAUUAUGCCGAUUUGGUACCGUUACCUGGUCUUACAUCAGAAGGCUACAAAGUAAGCUGCUAUCGUUUGAUUGAUUUUGAUCCAGCGAAGGUCAAUCACACAGCCGAUACUAAAGCUUUUUUCAUGGUCUCCGAUUGUCGCUUCAAUAUGUACGAUGGCGGUUCUGAGUCUAGUGAAAAUGUGGAAACCUUCGCGAAUGGUGAGGUGCAAAUUUUCGAUAUGAAUGGUUAUACUCUGAAGCAUCUAAGUAAGAUGACCUUCAGCACCCUACGAGUUUAUAUGACAUUUCUGCAGGAGGCUCUGCCUGUUCACUUAAAAGCUAUCCACAUUAUUAAUUGUCCGUCCUAUUUGGAUAAAGUUGUUAGUAUUAUGAAGCCGUUUAUCAGUCGUGAAGUCUACAAACUGAUUAUAUUCCAUACCAGCAGUCUGGAGAGCUUGUAUGAGCAUGUGCCACGGAGUAUAUUGCCAGAGGAAUAUGGCGGCACAGGAGGAAAACUGGCAGAACUAAAGGCACAACUAUUAAUGGAGUUAUCACGUAAAAGAGAGUACCUAAUGGAUCCAAAUAAUUGGAGAGUGGGUGGAGAGAAAGAAAAUUCCCAGCGACGUCAUUGGCCUUUUAAAUCAUAAAUAUUCUUCUUCAAAAGUGCUCAUAUUUCUUAAUUUUUCAAUGGAAUAUAAUGUAAAUUAAAAAAAAAUAAAUAUUAUUAUUAUUAUGUAGCUGCUAAAAUAAAUGUUAGUAAGAAUUAACCUGUAA